UGGUUGGGGUCAGGGCUAGGUAAAAGAGGAGUUCCUUUUUUAAAGGGACAGAUUCAGGAAGAACAUGCCAGAGUGGGUGAGAGAAAGAAAAAGAGAGAGAGUGAGAAAGAGAGAGAGAGAGAAAUAAGUGCAGAAGUGUACUUAGUGUACGGAUGAAAAGUAGGAGAGGAGGUGAUGUAGAAUGUGGGAGGGAGAGGAUGUUUACUGCUGGAUGAUGUCAUUUCUGGUUUUCCCUCCUUAAAAGCAGUGAACCUUUCCAGCGCGUGGUUCCACAAGCCCAGAGGCAGCGCAGAGGAGAGAGAGCACCCUGCUUGCCACAGUUCAUCAGUCCACAAGCUUUCAAAUGGAUACCAGUUACGCAACACCAACCCCCUCAGUCUCAUCCUUAACUGACCCUUUCAACAUGUGGAGCAAUGGCACCAGUAACGGUAGCCACUGUCCCGAGUCAGAAGCCUGGGAUUGGUUGUACACCAUGCAGCCAGUGUACAUGGUCGUCAUCUCCGUGCUUGGAAUCGUGGGGAACGUUUUCGUCCUGACUGUCUUCUGCUUCCACAAGAAGCCGUGCACCGUGGCCGAGAUCUACCUCAGCAACCUGGCGGCUGCAGACCUGCUGCUGCUCUCCUGCCUCCCCUUCUGGGCGGCCAACGUGGCCAACGGCUUUAACUGGCAGUUUGGCGACCUCAUGUGCCGCCUGGUCAACGCCGGCAUCAAGAUGAACAUGUACAGCAGCAUCUACUUCCUGGUGCUGGUGAGCGCCGACCGGUACGUGGCCCUGGUCCACGCCAUGUCUCACGGCCGCAUGCGGCGGCCCCGCUACGCCAAGCUCAGCUGCCUGGCCGUCUGGUGCCUGGGGCUCCUCCUCAGCGUGCCCGUGCUCAACUUCCGCAAGGUGCAGCACGUGGCCCAGUACAACGUGACCGCCUGCAUGCUGGACUUCCCCAGCCCGGAGGUGGAGCUGGCCUGCGACGUCAUGCUCAUCCUGCUGGGCUUCGCCGUGCCCCUGGCGGCCAUCUCCUACUGCACCUACCGCAUCAUCCAUGCCCUGCACACCCAGCGGAUGGAGCGCUUCAACGCGGAGAACACGGAGCGCAAGGCCACCGUGCUCGUGCUCGCCGUGCUGCUGGCCUUCCUGCUCUGCUGGAUCCCCUUGCACCUGCUCACCAUCGUGGACAUCUUGUGGCGUCUGCGGGUGCUGAGCGGCUGCGCCCUGGAAAACGCCCUGGACAUCUGCAGCCAGCUGUUCACCUACCUGGCCUUCAUCAACAGCCUGCUCAACCCCAUCCUCUACGUGAUCGUGGGGAAGAACUUCAGGAAGAAGGUCAGGGAGCUGGCCAAGCAGAUCAACCUGAGCAGGAAGAAGGCAGGCUCUACCAAGUCGCAGCUCUCGACGCUGAAAACGUUCGCGUCUAAUUGAUGAACGGGUAGCCAAAUGAUCAAGUGACUUUCAAAGCUACUUUCAAAACAAAUAGUUGGUUGUAGAUUGCACUCAGCUGUGCUAACAGGCGUUAGCCCAUUUACUGCAUAUGAUUUCCCCUUUCAGUGUUAAGAAGACAUGAUCAAAAGUUAUAUGUAGCCUUUCAUAACAAACAUUCAACUUUAAUUGUAUCAUUAUAUCAAUUAAGAACAUUUGCAAGAGGUACUGCACUGUAUUAUAUAGUACAGCAAAUGUUACACUUUACAUGAAAAAGUCUGUGUUAAUUGCACUUAAGUUAAGCGGUAAGUUGGCACCCAUCUGAUACGGCCCUUGGAUAAGAUAUGCAAUGUAAAUUAACACUUCUGUUAAAGGUAUCGCAUCCAAGCUCAGGCCUUUUCCUAAAAAUUGGUCAGGACUUUUCCUAAAAAUGGGUCCCAUGUUUUUUUUUUAUUAUGAAGCUCUCGGUAUCCUGUUCCCUCCUUUGACUGCUGCUCCAGUCUGCUCCUCACUGUCAGUAGAACAGCCUACACUUUAAUACAAAGAGUGUCUCUUUCAGCUUUGCCUUUUCAAAACUCCAAACUUACCUCAAUUCACUAGUAUUUUAUAAGACUGAAUGAUUGGCCUAUUGUAUGUAUUGAUGCACUGUUUCAUGUGUUUUGUGUUGUCAACAGUAUUCAUUUGUGCAUAUAUAUCUUGAUGCUGUUGCUGUUUAUAUCUUUGUUAAAUAUGUAGUUGCUACCUACUAAGUGACUUUUAUAUAUCUCUGUGUUAUCCUUAUACUGAUGUUCCGUAUAUUUCCUAUUGAUAUUUUCUUUACAAUAGUGGAUACAUUGACAAAAAAACUCAAUUAUGUAUGUGUGGUAUCUGUCCAUGUUAAUUAUUUAUAGAAAAAAGACAUUAAACCCUUGCAAAACACAUUUUUGGACAGCGUGGUAGUGAAGUGGGCUUUUGAAACCAGUUACCAUUUGAGAAAAUUAGAACUCUAUACUUUGUGGUGAAUGAAGCUAAAUUAAAUCUUAAGACAAUAUGA